GACAGAUGGCUCAUUCCAUUCAGAACUAUAGCCUGCAAACCUUCCUAAUCUACAAAAUCCAAUAGCCUCUCACUGACUUGUUAGUCAUCAUGAUGCAUUGGCUAUCAUCAGCAGUCCUGUGCAAGAAAUGCCCUGCAUCCCUUGGAAGGACAACAGCAGAAUUUACAACAGGAGAAAGCUGCAGUCUUGCGUGAAGCCAUAGCCUAAUUUCCCUGGCACACAAACUGAGUGGCAGAGGCAAGAAAGGAACAGCAACAUCAAGAGGGAAUUCUUCUUCAUAGAUACCUGAAGUCAGAGAGGCUCCAAACCCCGAUCCUGAGGCCUGUUCCAACAGCUGACACAGAUCCCACUAAGCUUAUGUUACAGUGACAGCUAGAGUAUGGAAAGAAAACGCCUGAAGAAAGAGAUUGAAAAACUCCUGGGAGAUUAUGUUGGCAUCAGACUACGAGAAAAUGAAUUUGAUCCAAGAGGACAAAGGCAGCCCACCUUUCUAGAUGACAUGGUCCAUUACAACUUAGCCUUCAGUGUUGCAUUGCUGUGGCUAAGUGACAUGGAUGCUCAGACUGCACUGACAAGAGAGAAAAUGAAUUUUGCAGCUCACAACCGAUACAUGUAUCCCAACCGAAUUGAGAGAGAAGCUAUGAUAUUAUCUUCAUAUGCUGGAAUAUUAAUGAACAGCAUUCCUAUUGAAGAGAUCUUUGAGAUUUACAGCAUGAGGCCCUCAGCCACACACUGGCAGAGCUCUGCAAAUGACCACUGGAUUCAACCUUUCAAGCUCUCCCUGCAUCCAUUUGCCAUGCUGACUGCCCCUGAAGCUGCAGAGUAUGCCUGGAAGCAAGGCAUCAAGUACCAGACAGCAGCAGCAUAUCAAAAGACCAACCCACGUUCAGCAAGUAGAGCUAAAAAGGACAGCAAGCAACUGGACUCACUGACUAGACGAAAGCAACAGGUUGACAAAGAGGUGUCACUCAUGAGCUGGAAAGUCAACUCCAGUAAUACUCAACAUGCACACGGAAGGCACUCUUCUGCUAACCACAGAAGCAAAACAAGAAAUCACUCCAGAGAAGCCUGGAACAGAGUCAAAAGCAAGGAAUGCAAAAGAAGCAAAGACAUAACAAAGACCCAGACUUCAUGUACCUCACUUAGCUGUAGGACUCAGCUGAAGAAAAAGCCUCUCCCUGCAGUGCCAGUGUAGCACUGAAGCCUAUCUGUCUUCCAUUCCCCAUUUGUAGGUCUCUAAUGGUUUGCCUCUGUUAUGUCCAUGCUGUGCUGCCCAAGAACACUCCCCAUUUCUUAGAGGGGCUGUGACAAUCCUCAUGCUUGUACAAACUCUACCUUGGGAAAAGAGUUGGGUGGUUGUCCUUCCACAUACCUCUCUUCCUCUGGCUGGAAGCCUGGGCAUGCAGUAUAGGCUGUUCUAUAGGACUUUUUCUACUUAAUUUCAUAGAAGUUUCAGGGCUCAGUGGGGUAGUAGAAGUGUUCACUGCUGAGAGGUGUAUUUAACACUAACUGCAGGGUAGAGAGACUCCAUUAGAGCUCUUUACAUAUAAAAAUGAUAGAAAUGAAGAUUCCCAGCUACUUCUAGCCAAAGGAUAGACAUCCAUCCAAAGUAUGGUCACAUAUUGUACAGCUGCAUUAACCCAUGCCUUGGAGAUGGUCCUGUACUCUAAUGCAAAAUAUCUGCUAAAGGAAAAACCAAUAAACACUUGUGAAGCAAAA